AGAAGAAUUGGGUGACGUCAUUGUUUACGACAGCUGAAUGUUGCUGUUCUGCUGCUGCAUCUUUUGCGGUUUUUAACCUUCAAGCUUGCAUUUUGCCCAAAGAAUGUUAAAGGAUAAUGCUGUGCYGGUCUAAUAAAACAAUGGUACUACACAAUUAAGGUACGCAGGCAGGCGGGCAAGUCUUCAUCUAGGAGGAGGAGGAGGUCUCCUUACAAGAUGGCUACUGAACUUCACGAGACCAUAUUUAUGGCCAAGCAGGAGCGCCAUAAAAACCUGUUCCUGAACUACAAAAACCUGAACAUUUUCCCCGUGGAGCUCCUGAAAGAUGAAGGACUGCAGUUUCUGGAGAGAUUAUACAUGAAGAGAAACUCACUCACUACACUGCCUGACAAUCUUGCCCAGAAGCUCCCAAAUCUUAUUGAACUGUACUUGCACUCAAACAACAUAGUCAUUAUUCCUGAAGCUAUUGGAAACUUGGCCAGACUGCAGUCAUUAGACCUGAGCAAUAACGCCCUCCAGCUCCUCUGUCCUGAGAUUGGCCGACUGAGGUCUUUACGACACCUGAGACUGUCCAAUAAUCAACUUAAAUGCCUUCCUCCAGAGCUCGGUGACCUGCGGGACUUGGAGACGCUUGACGUGGCCAUGAAUCAGCUGAUGUCACUACCAGACCGCCUGCACCGGUGCCUGUCCUUACAGAACCUGACCGUGGACCACAACCUGCUGAGCCACGUUCCCCGGCAGCUGUGCUGGCUGCACCGCCUCAACCAGCUCUCCAUGGCGGCCAACAGGCUGGCCUUCCUUCCACUCGAUCUGGGCAGGUCAUGGGAGCUGCAGUUUGUGUUUGUGGACAACAACGUGAACCUGAAGGGCCUCCCCUCCUACCUGUACAACAAGGUCAUCGGCUGCAGCGGAUGUGGCGUCUCUUCCUAUGUGCUGGAGCGGGACAUGGGGGAAGCACUGCGUGAGGCUCUGGUGGGUCUUCCGGCGGAGGUGAAGGUGGUCGGCUCACAGGCGGACAGCGUGGUUCCUCUGGAGGAGCUGGCCAUGAGGACUCUGCACCGCCUCCACCACCACCGUCCAGCAGGCCUGAACCUGCUGCCUCCCAUCAGCCUCCCAAAGAGCCUGCUGGACCUGCUGCAGUUCCCUGUGGGACACUGCCACCGGUGCAGCCAGGCCAUGUUCACCAUCAUCUACCCCAAACUGUUCCCCCUGCGGGACACAGCCCUGGCAGGAGUGCACCGCAGAACCACUGUGAGUUUUGUGGCCUAUUGCUGCUCCAGUCACUGCCUCCGCACCUUCGACCUGCAGGGGUGACGCAGUUCAUCCACCCGAGCUCACGAGGGGGACAGACCUCCUCCUGUCGUUAAUCAGCGGGUCGAGGCGUGGAUGUUGUGUCAGGGUUUCUCCCCCCUGACCUGAAGAACCACACAGCCAUCCGGCUGUUUGUCGGGUGGCUGCUCCUCGCGGCGUUUUCUAAACCUAACCAACAGGAAGUUCUUGUGUGAUUGUGUGGCAUUUUAAAACCAUUCUGAGUGACCGGUGCAGCACUGUGCUCGACCGCGAACAGUCUGUCGGACCUGAGGUCACUACAAGAGAGCACUUUUAGACGCAAACACUUGGAUUUGUGCGCAUUUACGGAGCACAAGGCACAUCCUUUUUUGCUUGUGGGGUGAUUAAUGAAGUAUGUUUGUACGUAGUGUGAGCUAUUUUACUGAUUACUGAAGAUUUGUUAUUUAAACGUGUGAAUUUGGUGUAUUAUUUACAGCUGUAGGUGCAGAAAAUUGUUACGUUAACCGCCCAAUGCUGUACUUACAAUAGAGGAGUAAACAAAUGGACAAUUUAGAAAUGUGUUUCCAGAAUUAAAGAUCCACUUUCAUGUGUGUCGCAAAGCYAACUUUAUUUCCUUUGAAGGUGUAAACUUUAACCGAUUCUACAUUCGUCUUUUUUGUCAUUACAAGCCUUGAAAUAACUCACUGUGUAAAACUUACACGGCCCCAAAAGGCAAGUUGUUUAAGUGCACAAAAAUCUAUAUUUGUUGUUUAAUCAUCCACAGACUCACAUCGCUUUCUGUCUUUGUCUGAAGAAAAACCUGUUCUCUGUUGUCUUCCGUGCMCCUUGUGAAGUUCUUACCCGUCCGUUGUCAUUAAAUGUCUGACGUUUGAAA